CCACACUCUCUCGUUACUCGGUUGUUCAGUCCGUUUCUGGAGCAUGCUUUCUCCAUUCUGGACAUUGGAGGCUGCCUUACUUUCCAUUGUCUUUGCUCUGGGCUCAGUUGGUUCUUUUUCAGCCAUUGAUACCCAUAAAAAUGUGUGUAAGACGUUCGGCAGUGGGGUCAUCAAGACAUUCAACGGAACUUCAUUCUAUGUCCGCUCCACCUGUCCAUUCACACUGACCCGCUUCACUUACAACCGGGUGGACUGUGACAUCACCAUGCGGCGUGGCACUAAUGGACUGAUGGACUAUGUGGAGAUCAGUGUCAACAAAAUCCAGACCCGGAUUCUGUACAAUGGAACCAUCUUCGUCGAGCUGAGCAUGGUGUCUCUGCCAUAUGACCACACCUAUCAACAUGUGUUCCGGUACGGUAUCUACACCAAGCUGAGGAGCACCGUUCUACCUCUGUCAGUCAUCUGGAGCAGUGUGGGAGUUGGCAUCGACUCUCUCUGGGUAGAACUGGAGCAGGAGCUAGACAGUGGAAUGACUGGAUUAUGUGGACAUCCAAACACACCAGACGAACCCCAGGGAUUGAUUGCAGGGAGUGUUCUGCCAGGGGAUCGAUGCCAAACCAUGGACCCCCUCCGGACUUUGAACAGGGUCUGUCGGACAUUCUUCUCCCACUACCUUGAAUGUCUGCAGGCUGAAACGGUCACCUACAUAAGUCUUUGUGAGAAAAAUAUUUAUGGAUAUGCCAACAAUCAACAUGUUGGAUGUGCAUUUUACAAAGAAAUUGCCCAUCAGUGUAAGGACACCAGCCUUGCCUGGGGUUUCUGGAGAACCAUAACCCAAUGUCCUGAGUUCAGUUGCCAAGGAGACCUGCGUUUUCAGGAGCUGGGUGAUGCGUUUGUGCCCACCUGUUCCAACCCUGAACCUAGAACCAGUAAUCAGGACAUCACCAGCACAUGUGCCUGUUCCCAAGGUCAGGUCCUGAACGAUCGAGCAGAGGGCCAACACUGUGUCAAUGUGUCCAGCUGUCCCUGCGAAUUUGCUGGGAGGACCUACGCAGCCUGGGAAGAACGCAUUACCAAAUGCCAGACCUGUGUGUGUCUCAAUGGCAAGUGGAGCUGUUCCCAAAACAGCUGUCCUAGCAGGUGUGUGAUUGAAGGGCAGUUUGUGACCACGUUUGAUGGAAAAGAAUAUACCCUUCCUGGUAAAUGCACAUACGUGGUUUCAAAGGGUUUAAAUUGGACAAUAUCAAUGCAAUUUUCUGAGAAGACGAUCUCUCUCCAAAAAGUGGUACUUCAGGUUUACCAGAAUACCUACACUUUCACUCACAACAGCGUUCAGUUUGAGAAAGAGGAAAUCCAAGAGCUACAUCAGUCAGAGCAUGCACUGGUGUUCUGGCAGUCGUCUAUGUAUGUCCAGGUACUGACAUCAUUUGGCAUGAAAAUCCAAGUUCAGACAUCUCCAGACCUCCAGCUCUAUAUCACUCUACCACAGAGGGAAGUUGGGAUGCCAGAAGGACUUUGUGGAAACUACAACACCGAUACCACUGAUGACUUCACCACAAGCAGUGGUAUUGUGGAGAAUUCACCGGAAAAGUUUGCCCUCUCCUGGAGUGUAGGGGACUGUCCUGUCGACAUAAUUAAUGUCUGCAUCAACACUGACAAUGAAAUAUUUGCGGAUGAGAAGUGUCAACCCCUGAGAGACCCAGAUGGAAUUUUUGCCAAAUGCCACAAUCACGUUCCAGCGGACAUCUACCACAAGGCUUGUAUCCAGAAAACAUGUACCUGUGGGGGUGGCCUGCAGCAGUGUUUGUGCGUGGCCCUGGCAAACUACGCCAAAGCCUGUGCCAACCAAGGAAUCACAGUGGGCGACUGGAGAACCGCUACCAACUGCACGUUGUCCUGCGAGAACAAUCUGAGGUUUGACUAUGGAAUGAGGGCGUGCAACCGUACCUGUCUCUCCCUCUCCGGGCCAGACCCCCGGUGUGGGGUGGAGGAUGCCCCCACGGAGGGUUGUGGCUGCAUGGAGGGCACUCACCUGAACGGGGAGCUCCGCUGCACCCCCUCGGCAGAGUGCCCGUGCCAUCACCUGGGAGGAGCAACAGCCCCAGGGCUCAUUGUGUUAGAUGGACGCCAGUGCAAAUGUGAGAAUGGACGAUUGCAGUGUUCUGAGGAUUGUGGUUGCACACUGGGGAAAGUGUGUGUACAUUGCUCAGAAUAUCCUAUAAACACAGCUCAAAAAACGUGUGGCAGUCUGAGCAAACCAACGGGUGAUAUUCAGAGUUGUACCAGUGGCUGUUACUGUCCAGGCGGCCUGAUGGAAGACCACAGGGGCGUGUGCGUUACGAUGGAUAACUGCACCUGUGAGUUCAGCGGCAGAGUGUUCGACGCGGGACAGAGUGUCAAGACCAACUGCAGAACGUGCACCUGCCGUGACGGUCAGUGGACCUGUGUUGAUGAACCGUGCCCCGGUUCAUGCCAAGUUUAUGGGAACGGACACUACCAGACCUUUGACUCCAAAUGGUAUCGCUACGAUGGCAACUGUCAGUACACACUAGUGAAGGAUGGCUGUGGUGGUGAAGCUGGGUCGUUCGCUGUCACCGUGGAGAGUGUUCCCUGCUGUGAUGAGGCACUGACCUGUUCCCGGGCCAUCGUGUUAGAUCUGAUGGGUCAAGUCACUCUGAUUCUGAAUGAAAUGAAGGUGACCAGACGGCUCCAAGGGGAAUGGGCUUCGGUGGAGACAGAGCCUCUUUACUCCACCCACACUGUGGGGCUCUACAUCAUGAUCUCCGUCCCUACCCGAGGACUCACCCUCAUCUGGGACAAACACACCAGACUCACCGUUACACUGGAGCACCAAUGGAGAAACCGUGUGUGUGGACUUUGCGGAAACUUCGAUUCCAAUGAGAUGAACGACCUGCAGAUAAGCGGGUCGUCCGUGGUAUCCAGCCCCCUAACAUUCGGCAACAGCUGGAAGACAGCGGCUCCUCCCUGCUCCGACGUGACCAAUGAUGUGUUUCCGUGCCAGCGUCACACCUACUGCUCCGCCUGGGCAGAGAGACGCUGCAUGAUCCUCCGGGGAGACACUUUCAAAGACUGCCACUUGAAGGUGGACCCGGAGCCGUUCUACCAGGCCUGUGUGUUGGAGUCGUGCUCCUGUGAGUUCGAGGGGAAGUUCCUGGGGUUCUGUACGGCCGUGGCGGCCUACGCUGAAGCCUGCAGCGACCACGACGUGUGUGUCCGCUGGAGAACGCCGGACAUGUGUCCUGUGUACUGUGACUAUUACAACGAGGAGAGCGGUUGCAGCUGGCAUUACGAUCCCUGUGGACAGGUCAAGACAUGUGGCAAAAACUACCGCUUCGCUGGCAAGCUGGAAGGCUGCUAUCCCAGAUGCCCGGUAGAAGCUCCCUACUAUGAUGAGAACACUGAGAGGUGCUCCACUUUGUUCAAUUGCACCUGUUAUUCCAAUGAGACUGUGAUUGAACCUGGCACAGUUGUCAGGACACCCACUGGGAACUGCAUUUGCGAACAGGGACGCAUUACUUGUGGUCCUCAACCGACACCAACAUCUGAAUAUACAACCACAUCUACACAACCCACCACUACUUCUGAAUAUACAACAACAUCUACACAACCUACCACUACAUUUGAAUAUACAACCACAUCUGUAUAUACAACCAAAUCUACACAACCCACUACUACAUCUGAAUAUACAACCGCAUCAACACAACCCAUCACUACAUCUGAAUAUACAACCACAUCUACACAACCCACCACUACAUCUGAAUAUACAACCACAUCUGAAUAUACAACCACAUCUACACAACCCACCACUACAUCUGAAUAUACAACCACAUCUGAAUAUACAACUACAUCUACAAAACCCACUACUACAUCUGAAUAUACAACCACAUCUACACAACCUACCACUACAUCUGAAUAUACAACCACAUCUACACAACCCACCACUACAUCUGAAUAUACAACCACAUCUACACAACCCACUACUACAACUGAAUAUACAACCACAUCUACACAACCCACCACUACAUCUGAAUAUACAACCACAUCUGAAUAUACAACUACAUCAACACAACCCACCACUACAUCUGAAUAUACAACCACAUCUACACAACCCACCACUACAUCUGAAUAUACAACCACAUCUACACAACCCACUACUACAUCUGAAUAUACAACUACAUCUACACAACCCACCACUACAUCUGAAUAUACAACCACAUCUACACAACCCACCACUACAUCUGAAUAUACAACCACAUCUACACAACCCACCACUACAUCUGAAUAUACAACCACAUCUACACAACCCACCACUACAUCUGAAUAUACAACCACAUCUACACAACCCACUACUACAUCUGAAUAUACAACCACAUCAACACAACCCACCACUACAUCUGAAUAUACAACCACAUCAACACAACCCACCACUACAUCUGAAUAUACAACCACAUCUGAAUAUACAACUACAUCAACACAACCCACCACUACAUCUGAAUAUACAACCACAUCUGAAUAUACAACUACAUCUACACAACCCACCACUACAUCUGAAUAUACAACCACAUCUGAAUAUACAACUACAUCAACACAACCCACCACUACAUCUGAAUAUCCAACCACAUCAACACAACCCACCACUACAUCUGAAUAUACAACCACAUCUACACAACCCACUACUACAUCUGAAUAUACAACCACAUCUGAAUAUACAACCACAUCUGAAUAUACAACUACAUCAACACAACCCACCACUACAUCUGAAUAUUCAACCACAUCAACACAACCCACCACAUCAUCUGAAUAUACAACCACAUCUACACAACCCACCACUACAUCUGAAUAUACAACCACAUCUACACAACCCACCACUACAUCUGAAUAUACAACCACAUCUGAAUAUACAACCACAUCUACACAACCCACUACUACAUCUGAAUAUACAACCACAUCAACACAACCCACCACUACAUCUGAAUAUACAACCACAUCUGAAUAUACAACUACAUCAACACAACCCACCACUACAUCUGAAUAUUCAACCACAUCAACACAACCCACCACUACAUCUGAAUAUACAACCACAUCUACACAACCCACCGCUACAUCUGAAUAUACAACCACAUCAACACAACCCAUCACUACAUCUGAAUAUACAACCACAUCUACACAACCCACCACUAGACCUGAAUAUACAACCACAUCUACACAACCCACUACUGCAUUCUCAUAUUUUACAACCUCAAAUGUAAAACAAACAGCUGAAACUACUUCAUACGCUGUAAUUACAAACCAACCAGUUACUACAAACAGUUCAGAGCUAAUUUCACUAACUACUUCCCAGAGUAAAGAAACUACUCCCUACACUAAAACGACAAACAAACCGACCAGUUCAAGUACUACAACAUCCUCCACAAGAUCUCCCCCUACUUCUAUAACAAUAUCUACAGCUCAAACAACAACACAAAGGUGUGAGUGCCUUGAUCUGAAAGGAAACCACAGCUGGAAUUGUGGACAGAAUUGGACUGAGGACUGCUUCCAUAAAACAUGCAACAAUAGGAAGAUAGAGAUGACUUCAGUCACCUGUCCAUCCCCAGUUCGUCCCACCUUCUGCCCCAGGGGACAGAUGGUCAUAGUUUCAGACGGAUGCUGUGACUCCUGGAAGUGUGACUGUCGUUGCGACCUCUACGGAGACCCUCACUACAUCUCCUUCCAGGGCGUGACCUUUGACUUCCUGGACAACUGUACUUACAUCCUGGUCGAGGAGAAAACACCACGUCACUACCUGACCAUUGCGGUGGACAACUACUUCUGUAUGGAAGGGUUGGACGGCUCCUGUGUCAAAGGCAUCAUCCUUCAGUACCAGAACAACACGGCCACUCUCAGCGUCGUACCGGAUGAGUACACAGUGCAGUGUACUCUGAACAGAAGGGUUGUCAAGCCCCCCUAUGAGGAGCACGGCUUCAGGUUUGAGACGACAGGUUACAUGGUGUCUGUCUACAUCCCUGACAUCCGCUCGCAUAUCUCCCUCACCCCAUCCUACAACCUAGUGGUCACUCUGGCCAUGGAGCAUUUCCUGAAUAACACCCAAGGACAAUGCGGCGUGUGCGGUGGGAGCUCUUGUGUGCGUAGAAGUGGGGAGAUUGAAGACGACAGCUGCUGCGAUAAGACCGCCUAUGACUGGCUUUAUAAGGACCCACUGAAGCCUGAAUGUAGUGCUGCUCCCACGAAUGUCCCCUGCCCGACUCCUAGUACCAAUCCUACUCUACCACCUGACUGUACCUACAACCACCUCUGUGAACUUUUCCAUCAUCCAGUGUUUGCAAAUUGCAGUCGGCUGGUGAAUCUCAAACUGCAUGAAGAUCACUGCAGGUUUGACUCAUGUUUGAAGGGUGAUAUGGCCUGUGCUUCUCUGGAGCAGGCGGCUGAGGAGUGUAAGAACCUAGGCUUCUGUGUGGACUGGAGACAACUAACCAACAGCACCUGUGUGGUCGAGUGCCCAGUGGGGAUGGUGUACAAAGAGUGCGAAGGCCAUUUGGAUGACUACUGUCAUGGAGGAGAGCGUUUACCAGGGACUGUCCUAAGGCAGGUGAAGGCUGGCUGCUUCUGUCCCAGUGGACAGUUCAGAGCCGAGGAGCACAAAACGAUUUGUGUCUCGGAGUGUCCCUACUGCAAGGGUCCGCUGGGAGAACCCAAGAUGUUUGGGGAGAUAUGGCGGUCCAACUGUCAGGAGUGUAGAUGUAACAACCAGACCAAGACAGAGGAGUGUCGACCCGUACCCCCCUCCCCGCCCCCCAUCUGCAGUCAGAGCUCAAGCCUGGUCACUCGAUGCUGUGGUCAGCAGAUAUGUGUUGAGAAGACAUGCACCUAUAAUGGAACGGCCUACAAGGUAGGGGACAGAUGGACAGACCCGGCCCUGCCUUGUGAGUCCUACAGAUGUACCAGAGAUGGCACUCAGACAGAAAGAAGAGUUUGUCCCCAUCAGAACUGCCUGGAGGAGGACAGGGUAUGGGACGAGCAACACUGCUGCUAUACAUGUGACCACAGCUGUGCUCCAAGGGUUUCCAGUGUGAACAUCACCAUAGACAACUGCACAGCAACACUACAGCUGCCCGUUUGUUUGGGCCAGUGUGGGGUAGAGACGAGAUGGGUCGGUGCGGGCAGUUUUCUCCAGCUGGAACAGAAGGAAACAUUUUGCAGAGUGAGGAGUUUUGAGAAAAGGAUAGUGACUCUGUCCUGUACAGGGAACUCUUUUGUGAAUCACCUGUAUGCACAUGUUACCAGCUGUGUGUGCCAAGUGUGCAGUGGAUUGGAGUAAACCAGUACCUUAUCCUGUGUAAACGUCUAUGCACUCAAACUCAACAUCUGAGAGAGAACUGUAAAAGAUGGUGAACAAUUGCCGAAUCUGUUUUAGAUUUCUUUUUAUUCUGCUCCUUUGGUCCUUAUGGUAGUUAAUGUGGAGUGCUUAAUGAAUACAGCAUGGGGUGUAGAGUGAUGGCUUAUUGUUUGCUUAGUUUUAUUUUGCAUAUCAAUAACUGUUUUCCGGUACAAAAAUGUAAAUGUUAAAUAUAUAGAUUACACAUAAGCUAUGUUUUCAUGAUCAGCCCAGGACUUUAGCAUCUUAAUCUUAAUGCAGCUUAAUGUGUUAAUAUUGUAGAGACAUUUUUAUUUUAGUUAUGAGUACUGUAUGUGUACCAAAUGAUUAAGGAACUGUAACCAAAUUGAUUAUGGUGAAUUUAUUUCAAUAAAGUACUAAAAGAUCAA